AUGGCUGGGUCUCAUUUAGCUUUCCCGGUUCAUGAAGUACAGGAUGCUCAGGGAAACCUAGUGCGCACUCAUAGAGGGAUUCUUUUUAAGCAGUUGAAAGAGUUAAAAAUGGCUUGUGCGCAGUAUGGGCCUACUGCUCCAUUUACCCAGGAAAUGUUAGAAACGUUGUCUGCAGAAGCCUUGCCCCCUGAGGAUUGGAAAUAGCUGGUGCAAGCCUGCUUGUCAAGAGGAGACUUCUUGCUUUGGAAAUCUAAAUUUGCAGAACAGUGUAGGUCCACUGCGGAGGUUAAUCAGGGGCAAAAUAUACCAAUUACUUAUGACAUGCUUGCUGGGGAAGGCCCUUACCUCCUUUUGGCCAAUCAGCUGGCCUUUGAUCCUGGAGCGUAUGCUCAAGUGAAUACCGUUGCAAAAAGGGCUUGGUAUAAGGUGCCCCCAUCAGGGAAGCCAACUGAAGAUUUGUCUAAGAUCCGCCAAGGCCCUAAUGAGAGUUUCCAGGACUUUGUGGCACACUUGUUGCAGGCUGCUUCACGGCUUUUAGGGAACCUGGAAGCCAGUUCUCUGCUGGUAAAACAGCUAGCCUAUGAAAAUGCCAACUCCGCCUGUCAGGCAGCACUGAGGCCCUUUAGAAAAGAAGGGGAUUUAAACUAUUACGUCAGAUUGUGCUCUGAUAUUGGGCCCUCAUACAUGAAAGGAUUUGCUGUGGCUGCUGCCCUGCUGGGAAAGUCCAUGCGGGAAAUGUUAUUUGACUAG